AUGUCUCACAAUAUUCUCAUUACCGGUGGUUCUGGCUACCUUGGUGGCGACCUUCUCGCCCGUCUAAAGACCACAAACUUGCCCUCGUACGGCAAGCUGUUCGCGCUAGUCCGAACAGAUGAGCAGGCACAGAAGGUAAAGCAGCACUACGGUGCGGAACCUCUGCAAUUUGACGCCUACGACGAGGCCGCAGUGCAAAGGGGGGUGAUUGACAACGACAUCUCGGUUGUCUUCCACCUCAUCGACGCUCUGAACUUCACCUCCCAAGUUUUCUUCAUAAAGGCGCUUGGAGAGGUGAAGAAACGCACCGGUCGUGACGUACAUUUCCUCCAUGUGGGUUCACUUUCCACCGGCCUCGAAGAUCCAGGCCAAGUAGCUUUUCAGACUGACCUGCUGCAGACAACCGGCGCGAAGCUCUUCUCGUCGCAUGCGGGGGCGCCCACGGACCAGCCACUGUACGACUCGGAUACAAAUCUUUAUAAGAUCCAGAAGGGGCAGAAGUCGCAUAUCCCCCUCGUGAAUGUUGCUGUGCAAACCAACAAUACUGUCAUCGAGCAAUCAGAAGCUCUCGGUGUCAACUCUUACAUUUUUGCCCCAUGCAUCGUCUACGGAGAGAGUGCCGGCUUCGGCAAUGCCAUCUCCAUCCAGACCGUGGCUAUCGUCAAGGCCGCGAAGGCAGCCCGGCGCGUGUACAGGACAGACGAAGGCAGACCGACUUGGCCGGUGUGCCACAUCAACGACAACACCACGCUCUACAUCGCCAUCCUAGAGGCCAUCCUCUCCGGGUCCAGCCCCGAUCACGGUCGAAAUGGCUAUUACCUGGCCGCCUCUGGAUCCGUGGCGUGGGACGACCUCUACGACGCCUUCUCCGCUACGCUGACCAAGCGCGGCGUGGUCGAGGACGCGAGGGUCGAGCUGGCAGAUGAGUCGGCCAUCAGCAAGAUGGCUCAAGGGCUGGGCUACCCACCCGAGCUGGUCGCCUUUGCGCUGGGAGGAAAGUGCACGUUUGUCGCCAAGCACGGGGAGAAGGUGGGUUGGAAGCCAGAAUACCCACCUGAGCAUAUUUUGGAAGAUGCGGAACGGGAGGUUGACGUAAUUCUGGCCAACAUCUAA